AUGGGUGAAGUUUGCUCCGCCAUGAUUCAAAGAAAGAGGCUCCCACCAAAGUGUAAAGAUCGAGGUAUGUUUGCUAUUCCUUAUAAAAUAGGCAAUGUAGGGAUUAAGAGAUCUAUGUGUGAUUUAGGAGCUUCUAUAAAUGUCAUACCUUUAUCUGUUUACUCAUCUUUCAAGGGUUGUCCCUUGAAAGAAACGCGUAUUAUUAUUCAAUUGGCAGACAGGUCUAUAGUGUAUCCCGUGGGAUUGCUAGAAGAUGUUUUGGUUCAGGUUGGUGAUUUAAUUUUUCCAGCAAAUUUUUCCAGCAGAUUUUAUUACUUAAUAUGGAGGAUGAUUAAAUCCUCGACUGUAAGUGAUUAUUGCUUGGGAGACCUUUUUCUCCGCAACUGUCUCCGCACUGCAAGGACAAAAAUUGAUGCGUAUGAAGGCACAUUAUCUAUGGAGUUCGAUGGUGAGAAAGUCGAAUUUAAUGUUUAUGAGGCUAUGAAGAAUAUUAAUAUGGACAGCAUUAAAGAGAUUGAGGAAAGCUUCUUGGUUAAUGAAAGUGUACAGGAAAUUGUGUGCGAGAUGGAGACAAAUCAGCCCCUAAUGAGCAGCCGUAGUCAUAUUGUUUUGCUUUCUCACCAUGAGAAGCUUUUACCAUCUGUUUUGCAGGCACCCAAGUUGGAGUUGAAACCGCUACCCGACCACUUAAAAUAUGCAUUUUUGGGGAAUGGAGACACAUUGCCUGUUAUCAUCUCCAGCAAACUUAGUGAGGUUGAAGAAGAGAGCUUGGUUCAAAUUCUUCUAGAAGAAGGCAGCAAACCCACAAAAGAAGCUCAAAGGAGGUUGAAUCCACCUAUGAUGGAGGUGGUGAAGAAGGAAAUACUGAAGUUGUUAGAUGCUGGUAUGAUUUACCCGAUUUCUGACAGUAAAUGGGUAAGCCCUGUACAGGUAGUGCCUAAGAAGACAGGAAUUACUGUAGUGGAGAAUGCUGAAGGAGAGUUGCUUCCUACAAGAGUUCAAAAUGGGUGGAGGAUGUUUCUUUCAAAUACCAGUGGCACCCGAAGACCAAGAGAAGACGACUUUCACUUGCCCUUUUGGUACAUGUGCUUAUCGACGGAUGUCGUUCGGUCUUUGCAACGCACCAGCCACAUUCCAAAGGUGUAUGGUUUCUACAGACGCUUUAUUAAGGAUUUUUCAAAGAUAGCUCAACCGCUUUGCAAGCUUUUGCAAAAAGAUGUGUCUUUUGUGUUCGAUGAGGAGUGUAGAAAAGCAUUUGAUAUGUUGAAGGAGAAGCUCAUUUCUGCUCCAAUAGUCCAACCACCGAACUGGAACUAUCCUUUCGAGAUUAUGUGCGAUGCGAGUAACUAUGCUGUAGGGGCUGUUCUUGGACAGCGUAUUGAGAAGAAUCCUCAUGUCAUAUACUAUGCAUCAAGAACACUGGACAAUGCCCAAUGCAACUACUCUACCACACAGAGAAAAAGAGCUUUUUGGCGAUUAGUGUUAUGCUUUGGAAAAGUUCAGGUCGUUUUGUUAGGAACAAAGGUGAUAGUUUUCUCUGCACCAUGCAGCAUUGAGUUGGAUUGGAUUCUUUUGCUUCAAGAGUUUGAUAUAGAGAUAAGAGAUAAAAAGGGGUCCGAGAAUCUUGUUGCUGAUCACCUUAGCCGGUUGAUUUUGAAUGAAAAGUCGUCACCAUUGGACGAUGAUUUUCCGGAUGAGCAACUCUUUAGCUUCCAAAAAGUUGUUCCAUGGUAUGCUAAUAUAGUGAAUUAUUUAGUUGCAGGUACUUUACCAGAAAACUUAACUAGAGCUGCAAAAGAUAAAAUCAAGAGAGAUGCUAAGUAUUUUGUUUGGGAUGAUCCAUACUUGUGGAAGUUUUGUUCUGACCAGGUGAUUAGAAGAUGUGUUAUGGAUGUGGGAAGAUGUGUUAUGGAUGUGGAAGUGCCAUCCAUUCUGAAAAUUCUGCCAUUCAUCAAGCUUGUGGAGGUCAUUUUGGUCCUCAACGAACAGCUCGCAAGAUUUCUGGGAGUGUGGACUUUUUCUGGCCAUCAUGUUUAA